UUCCUGCUGGAAUAUAUGGCAACACAGCAGCCACCGUUGGUGGUUCUGGAGUCGACCGAAGUGAGCGUGACAACAGCUGAGGCCGUUUCAGGUUCUCAAGCCGCUGCGACUAGCCCGUCAAGUGCCCAGCGGCUUCCUGCAGCCGUGGUGGAUGCGGCGUUUGCUGCAGCGGAAGCGAUUGCGGCUGGUGUUCCUCUGACUGGAGGUGGACGUGCCCUUGGAGCACCUGCUGACGUGGCAGAGGGUCUCCCUCCGCUCGUUGACACGUCCGCACGCCGGGAUUCUGCCGAAGAGGCGAGGAAGAAGGGUACGAGAAGGGAGAUCGCAAUACCAGAAACGGAUACCGAGCGUCAGGGAAGACAGGAAGAUGAAGAGUUACUGGAGGAUGAUGAGUAUAUGGAAGGGCCGGUUGAUGUGAUUCUGGGAGAAGAAACUGGCUCCGAGGGAGGAGGAAGCAAGGAUGUGGAAGGGGAACGACCUCCUGUGCUGGAAACUCAAGCAAGGCCAGCCAAAGGUGAAGCAACAAAGGAAGUGGAGAGCUUGCCAACAGCAGCAGGGGAAGGCAUUCAAGGCCCCGGCAAUAAAGCUGCUGGUCGCUGGGCCUUGAGGUCUCAUGGGAAGGCGGCAGAGAAUGAAGAAAGGAGAGCUCCGGAGAUUCAGGAGCAAGAAACCAGAAGGGUCAAGGUGCGGAUGGACGGCAACGAGGUGACAUAUGACAUUAAUACUACAGCUCCUCUGCGCAACAUGUUUGCACUCUUCUGCAAGCGACUGCAUUUGCCUGAAGGCGGGGUGACGUUCUGCGAAGGUGGUCAUGUUGUACGGGGAAACCAGACUGUGAAGGAUGCUAAGCUUGCUGAUGGUUCUAUCAUUGAAGGAUAUUAUCAAAAGUACGCUGGGUAG